CCGCGGGCACUGGGUCAGACAUUGGAUCGUCUGGCUGGACAGCGGGCAUCGGGUCACCAGGCAUCAGGUCAUUUGGCUCAACAGCGGGCACCGCGUCAUCUGGCAAGACAGUGGGCACCAAGCCACCAGGCACGACAGUGGGUUCUGAGUCAAUUGGCACGACAGCGGCACCGGGUCAUCAGGUACCGGAUUGUCUGCUCGACAGCGGGCAUCGGGUCAUCAGGUAUGACAGCGGGCACUGGGUCACCAGGCAUCAGGUCAUUUGGCUUGCCAGCGGGCACCGCGUCAUCUGGCAAGGCAGUGGGCACCGGGUCACCAGGCAUUGGAUCGUCUGGCUCGACAGCGGGCAUCGGGUCACCAGGCAUCAGGUCAUUUGGCUCGCCAGCGGGCACCGCGUCAUCUGGCAAGGCAGUGGGCACCGAGUCACCAGGUACGACAGCGGGCUCUGAGUCAAUUGGCACGACAGCGGGCACCGGAUCAGGUACCGGAUCAUCUGGAUGGAUCAGUUCAUCAUGCUGGGUAGAGGCAUCAGGCUGAGUGGAGGCAUCAGGCUGAGUGGAGGCAUCAGGCUGAGUAGAGGCAUCAGGCUGAGUAGAGGCAUCAGGCUGAAGACAGGCAU